AUGGACUAUGCCAAUGGGAGAAGCGCCAGCGAGGCGCCUUCAGACGAUGAGGACUUCUAUGGCGAUGACACGCCCACGUGUCCGACCCUUGACCAUCAACCCACCCAGGAGAACCACCCUCAGGAGAACCACACCCAGGAGGAGCCUGCCGCUGCCACUGUUGCCACGGCCACUACUGCGACUGCCACCACGAAUCCAGAGGCUGUGAACGGCGACGAUGAGGACGACGAGUCGUCCUCCGAGAUGGACUUUUCUUCGCCCAGUCGGCCAAGCACACCGGAACCUGCCACUUUGCCCGCUGCCAGCCCUACUGCUCAUGCCGGAGCCAAACGCAAGCUCAGCGAUGCCACUGAUGCUAACAAUGUUGCUCCAGUCCCUACACAAGAGUCAGCCAAGAAGCGCAAACUGUCCACAGCGUCCGCGAAGCAAGAUGGAGAAAAGCCAAGGAUACCACAACUUCCAGCAGAGGUGUGGCAGCGCGUCUUUGUGCACCUACCUCCUGCAAUGCUUUGCCGUUGUUUACGCGUCUGCAAGUCCUUCAACCAAUGGCUCACCAGCACAUCAGCUCCGCCAACUGCCAGGAAGGAUACACCGAAAAUCCAAGUACUGGAUAGUGAGAGCAUCUGGACCAAUUCCAGGAAGACCUUCUUUCCGACUUUGCCUAGGCCACUCGCACAGUUCUCCGAACUUGGCAUGCUGAAGCUGGUCGGAGGACGCAGCUGCCAGUUCUGCCACAGACCGCCGGUGCCAUCUCCCGCUACUACUGUGCUUAACGCAGGUCCAGGUCCGAACGGUCUUCGCGUCAUAUGGCCAUUCGGCAUUCGAUCUUGCGGACUGUGUCUACAACCUCGAUCCUUGAAGGAUGUCCAAGUUCUCGGCGAUCCCUCCCUCGGCCGACUACGCAACGGCGUCACGCACGGAUACUUGUCUCCCGACCUUCACUUUGCAGCAGAGUCUGUACGCCAAACUGUCCCAGGCGGCAUUCCUGGAAACCUCAGAUUCUCCAAGAUAUAUCACAUCACAGAUUUGGAAGCCAUCAGAAGUGAGGAAGAAAGUGCAAGGGCACUCGGACCCGGUGCUGUCGACGAGUGGCACAAAGGUCUAUUCGCUCGCGGUAAGGAAAGCAUGGCAGACUCUGCACGUUGGGAGAAGUGGGAGCUGCAACAAUUGCGUCCAGGGCAGGACCUGGCACAGGUCCUCAGGGAGUAUGAUCUUGAGUCUUUUCCGCGACAUGGUGAGGAAGCCCAGCGUAGAUCUGUGGGAGUAAACGGUGUCCAGUCGUCCCCGACGGCCAACGGUAUUCACCCUCUGCCACAGCCUGUUCAUUUCUUCCACAACGGCUACAACAACCACUUUCAGCCACCACCUCAGCCGGCACCUCAGCCUCCACAGCACUACCUUCCCCCACCACCGCCUUUCCCAGCUCCGAUGCCCCCGCAGCAUUUCUUCAGGCCAGUCCGUAAUCCUCAGGAGGUGGAGGAAGCCCGCCAGGCCCGGAAAGCAGAAAUUGAGCGCCGAUGCAGGGAAUUCGAACCACCACUGGAGCCCAACGUUCUGCAGCAUAUGGAAUCUUUCCAAGCGGCCAUGCAGAUUACCACUCCCAUGACGGACCCUGCCUGGGAAAUGCUCAAGCCAAGAAUCAUUGCACAAAGAGAGGGCGCUGAGCUCGCGGAGCACGAACGUGCCUCGCAACUAGCUGCGCUGCAAGCUGCACUUCCAUCCGGCAAUAUGGACGACAUCGUCCCGAGGCCCGCUAAAGAAACUUACGAUCGUGAUUAUGAGCAGGCGCAAGAACCACUACGCAAGCAGCUGGGUGAGUAUGCCGAUGACUACAUCAACGGCAAGUGGGGCGGGGGCAAGAUGCUUGACAAGGACAACGCUCCUCUCUUUGCCCUCCAUGCCCUCAUGCACAUCCGUCAGAGAUACGCCGAGGACAAAUCGUUAGGUCUGCUGCCCAGGUUUGAGCCACCAAAGCGCAAAGACGGUGCAAAGCAAGGCAGUCCACCCGUGGAGCCGUUCCUGUCCUUGGAUAACAUGAAAUGGGUGUACGAUAACAAGGUGAGACCAUUGACAGACGUCCAUCGUCGGGAGCAUUUCAUAUGUGUCGGGUGCGCCGAAGAGAAGAAGCCCAAGUGGUUCGCGUUUGAAGGUCUCAUCCAGCAUUAUGGCGCCAAGCACACCACUGCGUUCAGCAGAGGCAACAUCGUAGUCCAUUGGCAGACAGCAGAAUGGCCGGAAGAGCCACCAUUCCACACCAAUCCAUCGCACUGGCUCAAGCUAGAUCGUCGGCCUCAGGACUACCGGAACAACAAUCGUGCUCGAAACAUCACCCCACAUGGUAAUCAUGAGAGCCCCUUAUCUGCGCCUUCAUCGGCUCCAACUCUACCGGAGAAACCAUAUCACGCUGCGAUCAAUGGCUACCCUGUCGUGAGUCCUGGUUAUCCACCACACUAUACGCCCCCUGCCAGUGCCCCAUCAAACGGCUAUUUCUACCCACCGGGGGCGGCCGACUCCAACAUCGACAUGAGUCACGAUGCGCAAGUUGGCAAGCUAUCGAGCGAUGCUCGUGAGCUCUGGGAUGCACUGGAUGGUGUCAAGGAUAUGAUGGAGUGCAUUCGCAUCCACACAGUGAUCCAUCUUACAGUCACGCGCUUUGCAGAGCGAUUCCGCCAGAAACCACACUUGGACCUGCUCACCGAUGCUUUGGCGACCAACGCGCUCAUGCGUCCGCUCAAGAAUGCACAUGGCCUAGCGUGCAGAAGCUGUGUCGCUGCUCAGCCAAACGGAGUUGGCAAUCAUGGGUCGUACUGGAUCAGGAUCAAGGGCGUGAAAGUCUACAAUACUUCUUCUCUGAUCACGCAUCUGAAGGUCAUGCAUCAGUCACAAGUCCAGAGUGGCUUUUUGGACUGGACGAGAGACAUGAUCGAGUUGCCAGAAGUCCCGCUCGUUAAAGAUCUGCUUCGUGCACCCGGCAUGAACGAUGACAAGCUCGCUUUGGUUGCUGCAGCCUUUCCACGCGCGUUCCCGGCUCCUCUUCCCAAGAUUGGAGUCGUGUCAGAAGAGCCAGCUCAUGCGAAUGCAGGUGGAUUACCUGCUAGUCGUCUGCUAACUCGGCUGGGCAAGAAGCAGAAAGCACAGGCGAGGAAGAAGGGUGCUAAGCAGCCCAAUGGCGUGACAGAUCGUGAUGACUCGCAGGAGCCGCUACCAGAGCCGACUGAGGACGAGUAUGACCCUCGGAGGCCUAUGUUCGUCGCCCCCAAAGAACAGGUUGCGGAUCCAUCUCAAUUCGACACCGAUGCUCGCAAGAAGUCACCUCCUGCUGUUGCAUCAGGCGCGGGCAUUCUGGAUCUGACGCCCGAAACACUGGCGGCUCUGCAGAGCUUGGGUGUCCUACCUGUCCAACAACAGCCUCAACCAGCUCCUCAGAAUGAUCGAAGCAGUCGCAGUCCUUCUGUCGGCCGAGAUGAGCCGAACCUGCCGUCACAAGCUGUCAGCAACACUUCAGUCACCACCCCGACCGAAGCACCAGAUAUUGCGGCAAUCCUAGCAUCGCUGACAGGCCAGGCAGCGCCAACGGCACCAGCAACCACCCCUAAAGCGGCUAGCAACAGAUCAGGCAGUGUGCCGCGUCGAUAUCAGCAUGAUCAGCACCGCAGGUCGGGCCAUGAGGCUGUGGCUCGACAGCAUCGCGAUGAUCAGCGGCCUAGCUCUCGCUAUGAGCCAGCGCCAACGACGAGCCACGAUACCAGUGGUCUUGACUUGCGGGCACUCCAAGCUGCUCUUGCUCAAAAUGGCCAGCACUUCGAGCAGAACCAGCAGCAGCAGCGACAUACGUACGUGGAUGCGCCAUACCAGCCGAUGCCGAGGUACCAAUAUGUGUACGAAGGAGAACAGCACUGCAGUCAGCCACAGGCACAUGCCCCUGCUUACAGGGAAGCGCCUGUACAGUACAUGCCAUUGCCAGAGCGUGAGCCUGCGCGGUACCAGUACGAGCAGCCGGCACCUCCGAAACCAAUCUAUGUCGAUCAAUAUGGCCGACCGCUUGAGCUGAUUCCAAUCGACUCAGCGCCCGCACCGGUGCAGUACGCACCAAACCCGUACGAGCCACAGCAGUACGGCCGACGGCAUGAACACCCAAUGUACACUACGACCAUGGCUCCUGGCCCUCACCUUCAGCCAGUGUAUGACGACCGACGUCAGAUGUAUUAUGAGCCUGUACCACCCAAUGGCACUGCACAGCAUUACACAUACGACGACGCACGUGCUUCAGUGCCACGGAAUUGA